GGACGCAAAGGAGAAUGGCCAGGAAUUCGAAGCAAGGCGAUGACAUCGAAAAGACUGCAGCAGUGAGGUUGCUCCUAACGAGGAUUUCCCAGGAGGUUGGUGGAGCGAGAUCACCGAGAGAUUUCCCUGGCUCGAGCAGUGCCCGUCCCCCAGCAAACCCGCUCAAGCACUACUCGCGUGUAUGAAGACGCAGACAAUGGAGGUCGUCAAACAAGUAUGGGAAACCGGACGAUUCCCCAACUUCUUCGAGAUAGUGGGAUUCAGUGACCUGGCAAAACUGGAAAUGGCAUGGGAUAGCAACCCCGAUGGGUUCAAAGGGGAGGUUGAGCAUCUAGGGGCGGACUUAGAACGAUUGAAAGGGGAUUAUGCCCGGGAGUGCGCCAAUUUGGCUAGGCGGGAAGCUAGGAUAGAGCAGAUCUUCCUGGGGGCUUGCGGACUGAGAGACUCGCACCUGAGGGAUCUUGUUCCAGCCGCACCAGUUCCCCCGCCAGCUGCACCUGCACAACGAGCCGCCCCGCCUGAGCCUAGCCAAGCGACAGGCUGCACACCGUUUGAACUCAAUGAGGAGGAGAUGGCCGAGAUGCAGCAAGCAAUCGCCACUAUCUCUGCGACAGUGCACCAGCCCUCGCAGAGGAGGGUUGCUGCCCCUAGGCCGGGACGAUCGGCCUCCUCGUCCAGGCAAUUCACGGCCUUUGCGCCAUUAGCCUCGCAGCGAUGGGUAGAGCACACCUCGACCGGCUUCGAUCACCGCGUAUGGAAGUUCGACACGUACAAUCACGUGGCACCAAUCUCGAUGAAAGCCUUUCAAUUCCUGGACGGUCUUACAGACGAUCAGGUUAGGAAAUGUAGGACCCGGGCUUACACCGCACAGAUGAAAUACUGUGGAAAAUCGGUCAAUCCUUUUUCGCCUAGUGACCUGGUCUUCCCACUGAUGAGCUACGUGGACCCGGAGAAAUGCGGGGACUCCAGCCCGGUCAUGUGGCACAAAGCCAUCAAGCAACCUCCAGCACGUGACCUUAGGAAUCUUCGCAAGGUCUGGAGUGCCGGGAGGCCGUACCUCAAGUGUAGUUGCAAGCAAGGAGAUCAGGAUAAGGACUGUCCCGGCGGCCCCCUGUGGGUCGACCACGCCAUCUGAUUCCUCCUUCCGACAAGGAUCCCGGACAGACCGAGGACGGUCCUGCCACCCCCAAGGGGCAGGAACCCAAUCGCUCAGAUUCCAGGACAGCGUAGGCUCAACUUCCAAAUGGCCAACGGAGUGGCCGGUGAUGUACCACCAACAGUUGCGCAAGCACAGCCCGCGCAGCAGCAGGCUGUUCACACCACGGCACACGCGGACCAGCAGCGGCAACAGCCCAUCUUGCAGCAAGCACAGCGAUUGAAGGAGAUUGCAGCUGAUCUACCGGCAGUAGCGGCGGGUUGCGGCAUCAGCCACACCCCCCAUGGGCAAGGAGGGACUCAGCCACUGAGCGACAGCAUCGCCCAACAAGGAAUUACGCAGGACGGAACUGAGCGGGCGGGAGCGGGGCAGCGAUCUUCUCAGCGGGGCGGGCAGCCACCUAUCCUCGCCACCCCAGUGUCGGCACGACCACUGGCACCGCGACUUCCGCAAACACGUGGAAAGAAGAGGGCUCCUGAGGAUACCUCGGACAUUGACUCCGUGCACUCUCUGCCGAACACGAGGCAAAAGAAGAAGACCACCCACAACAGGGGCKAAGAGUCGGUGCAAUGGCUGGAUGGCKUCGUGUUCGGAUGGACUUACGACAAAUCCGUUGCAGCGCACGUGUGCAAACCAAAGCAGGUGUUUAAAGACUUCGACAUCGAACAAUGGACCAAGCAGUACGAUCCAGCCCAGUGCCAUUGCAGAACCAGCACGUACAUGAACUUGCACAGCCAGCACACCUUGGAGCUCUUUCCAGGAUCGGAGCAGACGCACGUCCUGACGAUGGACACUUCCAUUACCAACAACGGGAGACUGCAAGCGAUGCUGAAGGCAGGGCUCAACCACAUUCCACUAAGGGCAUACGACAUCAGGGAAGCAUUGUAUGAGGUGGACCUUCUACUGGACAAACUUAUUAUCGUUUCCUAUGACAUCGCGAGUCUGAGCGAAUCGCGCAGGAGGAAGUUCAAACAGCUGGUCCUGCAGAAGGAUGAGGCCAAGAUGGCCGGUCACCGUAGCAAGAASAGACACAUCUCCGCGGAACCCAUAGACCGGACUAGUACCAGGAGGGAGAUAGACUUCCUGACUGAGCACUUUCUGAUCUGUCCUACCGAUAAGUCCGCUAGUACCCCAUCCUUUGUCUGCGUAGAUUUCAUCAGGGUCAUGGCUCUGCGCAGACUGCAAGGUYCGGACUUCGUUCACCUCAACGAGGAUCCGGAUCCACUCAUUAACGGUAUCAGAGGAGAACUGACCCAUUUACCAGCCCUCCCUGUUGGCAACGGAGCACUCCCGCACCUCAUGACAGGUUAUAAAGCACACAAACGGACCUUCCGGUGGAUCACCAACGCCGCCAAUACCAUCGUCUCCCCGAUGGCUAGUCUCUGCGCCUCCUUGCUCAGCUUCCUCGUCCCUUGUGUGCAGGGCUCCUGUGAAGAGAAAAGCAUUGAAAUGGAGGCUGAAUACGGAGUGAAACCAAACCUCUGGUGGCCCAUUGCAUCGGUCGGACAAUUCGCAGCCAAUCUUCCGCAGCUGUUGUUCUCAGUCUAUACGGCGGACAUCACACGUUGCUUUGAGACCAUCCCCACUGACGACUCCGAGCACAGCCUAGUGUUGGCGGUCAGAUUCUUCGUGCCGCUAGCCCUAGAAUAUCGUAGGGAUAGGAGCUCUAGGGACGUCAUCAGGGUGAGGGUUAGUGCUGACGAGUACUUCUUCCCAUCUUGGGUGGAGGAGCGCUUGCAGAAUACUGGCGAUGAGCUCUUCUUCAAGGAGGAGGAGAUAGUGGCAGUGACACAGUGGUAUGUGGACGACCUCUGCUCGUUGAACAAUCCAGCGAUUCGUGAUUUUUUCAGGGAAGACUGCGACCAGAGCACUGACCCGAUCUGGAUCUAUCCGAAGAGCUACAUCGAGAUGAAAGAAACCACUGAAGUGAAGGACGGUGAUGUGGGCAUCAGUACCAACUUCCUCAACAUGACGAUUGCGGUCUCAUCCAGGGAGCAGGGUUCGUACUCCACCUCUAAGCAUGACAGGAAAAAAGGUCUGAGCUUUCCCCCUUGUAGAUUCAUGAGGUUAAACUCGAACCGGAGCAUUGCACAAUCCUUGCAGAUCAUUACAGCGCAGACUGCGCUCGUCCUGCUACUCUUCACGGACCCGUGGGAGGCCGCCAGGGAGAUCAACGAGAUAGUUGCUCCUAACGAGGAUUUCCCAGGAGGUUGGUGGAGCGAGAUCACCGAGAGAUUUCCCUGGCUCGAGCAGUGCCCGUCCCCCAGCAAACCCGCUCAAGCACUAAUCGCGUGUAUGAAGACGCAAACAAUGGAGGUCGUCAGACAAGUAUGGGAAACCGACCGAUUCCCCAACUUCUUCGAGAUGGUGGGAUUCAGUGACCUGGCAAAACUGGCAAUGGCAUGGGAUAGCAACCCCGAUGGGUUCAAAGGGGAGGUUGAGCGUUUAGGGGCAGACUUAGAAUGAUUGAAAGGGGAUUAUGCCCGGGAGUGCGCCGAUUUGGGUAGGCGGGAAGCUAGGAUAGAGCAGAUCUUCCUGAGCGCUUGGGGACUGAGCGACUCGCACCUGAGGGAUCUUGUUCCAACCACACCAGCUCCCCCACCAGCUGCACCUGCACAACGAGCCCCGCCUCAGCCUAGCCAAGCGACAGGCUGCACACCGUUUGAACUCAAUGAGGAGGAGAUGGCCGAGAUGCAACAAGCAAUC